AUGGACAAGGUUCUGAGACCAGAGAGACUGGAGGUAGAUCCUAACUCUAGUGAAGCAUCCUGUGAGUGGCUGCACUGGAAGAAGACUUUCGAUAAUUUUCUAAACGCCUUGCCGUCUGAAGGCCUUGAUAAACUUGGUGUACUGGUGAAUUUCAUAUCUCCUCGUAUAUUCCAAAACAUUGAGGAGGCAGAAUCGUACGAUACUGCGAUUGAGAUUCUGAAAACAAUGUUUGUCAAACCUCUCAAUGAAGUUUAUUCUCGGCAUGUUCUGGCAACCAGGAACCAACAAGCAUCUGAAAAUGUAGACGAAUACAUGCAAGCAUUGAAAUCGUUAAGCAAACAUUGUGAUUUCAAAGCUGUAUCUGCUGUUCAAAACCGAGAUGCUUAUGUCCGAGACGCUUUUAUCCGGGGGUUAAACUCCACAUGGAUACGACAGCGUUUGUUGGAAAACAAACACCUUGAUCUUAAUACGACAUACGAUCAAGCCAGAAGCUUAGAAGUAGCAAUUAGAAUGCUGAAGCUUAUCGAUGAAACUCAAAACGAUGAGACAUCGUGUGAUAUCGAGAAAAUAUCUGCUACUGCAAAUUCCGCGUGCUUUUUCUGUGGCGGAAAGAAACAUCCUCGUUCAAAAUGUCCAGCCCGAAAUGUGUUUUGUUUCAAGUGUCAUAAAAAAGGACAUUUCAUAAAAGUCUGCAGAGGAACCGUUUUCAACCCACAAAAUCCUGACGAAGUCACUGCAUGUUCUAACUCGUAUAUAUUAGGAAUGGCUUUUGACAAUACCCCGAAAUCAUUGAGAGGGUCGUCGUCUGUGAUUCAUAUUGAAGGACACAAAGUACGCAAACUUUUUGAUAGUUGCAGUAGUCAGAGUUUCAUACACCCUCGUCUCAUAGAAAGGUGUAACCUCCCAAUCAAAAGGGACACAGUUAAGGACAAGGUAGCAAUGGCUUCUCUGGCGUGUUCCAUGCCUAUAAAAGGUUGCACAGCAGCUGAUAUUGAAUAUCAGGGCCGACACUAUCAAAAAUUCAUAUCGAGAGUAAUGGAUGAUCUAUGUUGUGACAUUUUACUUGGAAUAGACUUUCAAGGACAGCAUCAAAGUGUAACUUAUAAUUACGGCGGCGAUCGACCUCCAAUGUCUGUAUGUGGCUUUUCAACUUUCAAAAGUUUGCCACCAGAACCAUUCAAAAAUCUGACUGCUGACUACAAAUCCUAUUGCUACAAAGUCGCGUUGGUAUUCCAAAGAUGA